AUGAUUCAGAAACUUAUUGACGCUGGAGAGAUCAAGGAGUACGUCCAAAAGCCAGGGCAGAUUGGAAAAAGAUUAAGGAAACUGUUUGAGUAUUACUGUGAGUUAUACAAGAUCGAUGGGAAAGAAGUCGAUGAGUACGAAGAGUGGAUGAGCGCGCCGCUAACAUUUUCCGCUGAUGAUGUAGAAGAGGAUAUGGAAGAUCAUAACGACCCUUUGGUACCCACUUUACCCGUCUCUGGGUGGAACAUAAAGAAGAUCUUGAUCGAUGGAGGAAGUUCAGUCAACGUACUAUUUUAUGAUACCUUCAAGCGGAUGAAGUUAAAUGACGAACAACUGAUGUCUUCAUACUAUACCAUAUACGGAUUCAACGGAGCAGCUAUGAAGCCUCUGGGGGACAUCGUUCUUGAAGUCAAGGCAGGGCCAAUGAAAGUAAGCACAAGAUUCAGCGUAGUUGAUGCACCGUCGUCUUACAACGCCAUCAUUGGACGGCGAUGGGUACAUAAAAUCAAGGGAGUAGCGGCAACAUACCACCAAUAUCUAAGGUUCCCAAGUCCCAAAGAAGAAAUAACAAUCAAAGAAGAUCAAGUCACUGCUCGAGAAUGCCAGGCCCAAAAAACCAACUAA